AUGAACAAGAAGGCAUCGCAAAUCAAUCAUCUUGCCUAUGCAGAUGAUAUAGUUAUCUUCUGUGGAGGAAAAACUAGAUCCAUUAAAGCUGUCAUAAAAGUGAUUCAGAGAUAUGAGAAGAGCUCUGGCCUAAAAGUUAAUGGGGACAAGAGCUUUUUUGUCAUAGCUCCCAAAACGGCCAACUACAGGAUCAAUAGAAUGAGACAGGCUACUGGAUUUCUGGAAAAGCAAUUUCCUUUUAACUACUUAGGCUGUCCUAUUUAUAUUGGUUGUAGGAAGAUUGAAUAUUUUGAUGGUCUUGUAACAAAGAUUGUUAAUAGGUUAAGUGUAUACACUCUUGCUACUAUGGACCCUCCAAAAGCAACUUUCAAGCUUAUUGAAAAACAUCUACAAAGAUUUUUCUGGGGUUCAACUUCUGAAAAAAAAACAAACACCAUUGGAGGUCUUGGGAGAAUCUGUGCAAAACCAAAGAGGAAGGUGGCAUUGGGAUUAAAAGAUUACAAGAGAUCAGCGACACCUUUGCCACCAAAAGAUGGUGGAAUUUCAGAACCAAUCAAUCCACAUGGGCUAAAUUCUUGUAUUUUAAGUACUGUUCUAAUAUACAUCCAGUGGCUAGGAAAAGAACAUAUGGACAGUCCCAUAGUUGGAGAAAAAUGA